UUGUUCGGGAAACUUGUUUGAAUCCUGUUAGUUCUUCUGUUUAUGGGCUGUAAGAUUAUACACAUGGGACAUUCCUGAAGCUCACUCCCUUUCUCUUUCUUUCUCUCUUUCUGUCUUUCUUUCUUCUUUCUUUUUUGGUCGAAUUCCUUCAAAUUCCAGUUCCUUCCUUUCUCUCUCUCCCUGUCAGAGUGAGCAUGCUCAAAGGGCUGGACGACUGAGUAAACACCACGAGAGAAUCUGAGCUGCAGCAAAGUGUGAGGAGGAAGCAAAGACACGGACCUGAGCCGCUGCUUUCACAGCUUCGUUCAGCUCUUCACUCUACGUGUGGUAGAAAUCAUCAUGGGAGCCAACGACCCCAACGUGAACUCUGACCCCGCGGGGUCACGACCUUCUGCUCGGCAGCAGAGUCUCUUCAACAGCAUCAAGUUCUUUGUGUUUUGCCACAGUUUGCUGCAGCUGGCGCAGCUCCUGGUGUCGGGCUACAUGAAGAGCUCCAUCUCCACCAUCGAGAGACGUUACGGCCUCUCCAGCCAGAAGUCAGGGCUCCUGGCAGCCUUCAACGAGGUGGGGAACACCGUCCUCAUCAUCUUUGUGAGUUUCUUUGGCAGUCGCGUCCACCGCCCACGGUUCAUCGGCGGCGGAGCUCUGCUGGCCUGCCUCGCCUCGCUGCUGAUGGCACUGCCGCACUUCUUGAGUGGACUGUACGAGUACACCGACCGCAUCAGCUCCUCCAGCGAUAACAGCUCGGGCCUCUGCCAGUCAGAAAGCCCUCUCACGUCCUCCUCGGCCGAUCAGACGUGCGCCCAGCAGGACAGCCGCGCCCAGCAGGGCGUGUACCCUCUGCUGCUGCUGGGUCAGCUGCUGCUGGGUAUCGGAGCCGUCCCCAUCCAGCCCUUCGGCAUCUCCUACAUCGACGACUACGCCAGCAAGAAGAACUCGCCGCUGUACCUCGGCAUCCUCCUCGCUGUGACCUCCAUCGGCCCGGCCUUGGGAUUCAUCACUGGCUCCUUCAUGCUGCGCUACUACGUCGACUUUAACAGAUUAUCCAAAGACGAGGUCGAGCUGGAGCCCACAGACCUGCGCUGGGUGGGGGCCUGGUGGCUUGGCUUCCUGGUGGCCUCCUGCCUCCUCUUCCUCACAGCGCUGCCUUACCUCUUCUUCCCCAGAGUCAUGCCCAAAGAGGACGAUGCAGACGACAUUGAGUCCAGACCGGACACUAAGCAACAGACGAACCCGCUCCAGGAGCUCACCCUCCUUCAGUUCCUCAAAAGUUUUCCUCGAAUCGCUCUGCGGACACUGCGGAGUCCCAUCUACCUGCUGGUGGUGCUGGCGCAGGUCAACCUGGCAGCGCUGCUGGCCGGCCUCGCCACCUUCAUGGCCAAGUUCAUAGAGAGACAGUUCAACCAGACCGUCUCCUUUUCCACCAUGAUGAUAGGAGGAGUUGGUAUCCCACUGGCGGUGCUGGGCACUGUGCUGGGUGGAGUUCUGAUGCGGAGACUGAAUCUUUCGGUCAGUGGUGCCAGUAAGUUGUGCACCACCGCCAUCCUGCUCUGCGUGUUCUCCGCCUCACCGCUGCUGCUCAUUGGCUGCCCCACCCAGACGGUCGCCGGGGUCUUUCCGCCCAGCACUGCUGCGUUGUCCUGCAGUUCUGGCUGUCGGUGUCCUCAGGACGCCUUUAACCCGGUGUGUGGUUCAGAUGGGAUGGAGUUCAGGUCUCCCUGUCAUGCUGGCUGCACCGCCUCAGUGAUGGACUCCAACAACAAAGUCACAAACUACACUGAGUGUCGGUGUGUCGGCGGUCUCGGCUACGCCUCUCCUGGGACCUGUGGCAGCGGGUGUGCCCACCUCCUCCGUCCCUUCAUGGUUCUGCUGGGUCUCACCAGCUUCAUCGCCUCCUUCUCCCAGACGCCGUCAUACAUGAUGAUACUCAGGACGGUGCCCACAGAGGACAAGUCUUUCGCAGUGGGGGUUCAGUACAUGCUGUUCAGAGUGCUCGCGUUCAUGCCCGGCCCCGUGUUGUACGGCAGCGUCAUCGACACCACCUGCAUCCUGUGGGGCAAAAAGUGUGACAAGCAGACGUCCUGUCUCUACUACAACCUGGACCGCUUCAGACAGAGGUUUCUGGGUCUGCAGGUGGUCUUUGUGUGCGGCGGGCUGCUCUGCUUCCUGCUGACUGUCGUGGUCCUGCGCAGGAGGGCCGGACGUCAGGAGCCGGCCAGUAACGGAAGGUACGAGCUGGUGAACGAGAAGGGAGGAGCGGAGAACACCUCCUCUAAAGAAAAAGAACUGCAGGGCAUCAAGACCUGAAGAAACACAGCGAGAGGACGGAGGGAAAGACGAAGAAAGUCUAAACACGGAGGAGAAAGAUGGAAGAGCUCAGAGGGUUUUCUCAGAUGGUCAGAAAGCAACAUGGACGCUGCCGCAGUGCAGCACUCAGUGUGUGAUGAGUGCUGCUCCUGAUUCUCACGCAAAGGAGCAAUCAGCCGAUAUAUAACCAGGCUCAGAUACUUUUUGAUUUUAUGUUUUUGUACAUUCCAAAUAUUCCCGUUCCCUACAUACACACACACACACACACACACACACACACAUACACACACACAUACAUACAUACUGUACAUACAUACACACACACACACACACACACACACACACAUACAUACA